AUGUUACGUAUAAGUGGUGGAAGAAUAAAUAGUUCUAGAAAUAUUAUUAAAUUAAUUCAAGUUAAAUAUUUUAACAAUGAUAUUUUUGCUGAAAGACAUAUUGGUCCAUCAGAAUUGGAAAAACAAAAAAUGCUCGAUUAUUUAGGAUACAAAGAUUUAGAUACACUAACUCAAACAAAUGUACCAGAUAGUAUUAAAAUAAAAAAACCAUUAGAUCUUCCAGAACCACAAAAUGAACAACGAAUGCUUAGAGAAUUAAGAGAAAUUGCUGGACAAAAUAAGAUAUAUCGUACAUAUAUUGGAAUGGGAUAUCAUGAUUGUAUUGUACCUGCAACUAUAAUGAGAAAUAUGCUUCAAAAUGCUGGCUGGACAACGCCAUAUACACCAUAUCAACCUGAAAUAGCUCAAGGAAGACUUGAAGGUUUAUUAAAUUUUCAAACAGUUAUUAGUGAUUUGACUGGCCUUCAAAUUUCAAAUGCUUCUUUACUUGAUGAAGCAACUGCUUGCUCAGAAGCUAUGGCUUUAGCAUGUAGAGCUACAAAAAGAAAUGUCUUUUUAUAUGAUCCAAAUUUACAUCCUCAAAAUAUUGAUUUAUUAAAAACAAGAGCUGAACAUCUUGGUUUUGUUUUAAAACCAAUUGAUUUUGAUAAUUAUAAUGUGACAAAUGAAAUUAGUGGUGUAAUGUAUCAAUAUCCAGAUACAAAUGGAAAUAUUAGAGAUUUAAAUCAUUUAAUAGAACAAAAUAAAAAAGUUGGAGCUUUAUCAAUUAUGGUAUGUGAUAUUAUGGCAUUAACAUUAAUGACUUCACCUGGUGAUAUGGGAGCUGAAAUUGCUGUAGGAUCAGCUCAAAGAUUUGGUACUCCAUUAGGAUAUGGUGGUCCACAUGCUGGAUUUAUGUCAUGUGUUAAAAAUUUUGGAAAAAUUCCUUUGUCACGUAUGAUACCAGGAAGAAUAGUAGGUGUAUCAAAAGAUGUUCAUGGAAAUAAAGCAUUUCGAUUAGCACUUCAAACAAGAGAACAACAUAUUAGAAGAGAUAAAGCUACAUCAAAUAUUUGUACGUCACAAGCUUUACCAGCAAAUAUUGCUGCAAUGUAUGCAGUUUAUCAUGGUCCUCAUCGUUUACAAGCAAUAGGAAGAAAAAUUCACAAAUCAACAGCCUUUCUACAAAAUCAAUUAAAACAAGCAGGUUAUGAAACUUUAAAUAAAUCAUAUUUUGAUACAAUAAAAAUAAGUGGGGUUAACAUUGAACAAGUUAAAGAAAGAUGUGAAACUAAAAAAAUUAAUUUACGUUAUUUUAAUGAUGGUACAGUUGGUAUUUCAUUGAAUGAAACUGUACAAGAACAAGAUAUUAUUGAUUUAUUAUAUGUUUUUGAUGUAGCAGUUCCAGAAGGAAAUAUAAAUCAAAUGAUUCAUGAAUCUCCAGCACCAUUAAUAGGAAAUUCUGAGCAUAAAAGAACUAGUUUAUUUUUAACAAAUCCAGUAUUUAAUACAUAUCAUUCUGAAAUGGCUAUUACAAGAUAUAUGAAAAGACUUGAAAAUAAAGAUUUAUCUCUUGUACAUUCAAUGAUACCUUUAGGAUCAUGUACAAUGAAAUUAAAUGCUUCAGCAGAAAUGUUACCCUUAACAUGGCCAAGUUUAUCAAAUAUACAUCCAUUUGUACCAGUUGAUCAAGCUAAAGGUUAUCAAAAAAUUUUUAAUGACCUUGAAAAGUGGCUUUGUGAAAUUACUGGUUAUGAUAAUUUUUCUCUUCAACCAAAUAGUGGAGCUAAUGGUGAAUAUGCAGGUUUAUUAGCUAUUAAAGGUUAUCUUAAAUCUAUUGGACAAGAAAAUAGAAAUAUUUGUCUUAUACCAUCAUCUGCUCAUGGAACAAAUCCUGCCUCUGCUUCAAUGUCAAAUUUUAAAGUUGUCCCUGUUGAAUCAGAUAAACAUGGUAAUAUUAAUUACAAAGAUCUUUCUAUGAAAGCAGAAAAAUACACUAAUGAACUUGGUGCUAUAAUGGUAACUUAUCCAUCUACACAUGGUGUUUUUGAAAGUAAUAUUGUUGAUGUUUGUAAUAAAGUUCAUGAAAAUGGAGGACAGGUUUAUCUUGAUGGAGCAAAUUUCAAUGCACAGGUAGGAUUAUGUAGACCAGGAGAUUAUGGUAGUGAUGUGUCACAUUUAAAUCUUCAUAAAACUUUCUGUAUUCCACAUGGAGGUGGUGGUCCUGGAAUGGGUCCUAUUGGUGUUAAAAGUCAUCUUGCACCUUUCUUACCUGGACAUCCAAUUAUAUCUCCAAAUGGUAAUAUUAAUGGUUCAGUAAGUGGAGCUCCAUGGGGUUCAGCUAGUUUAUUAUCUAUAACAUGGGCUUACAUUAGAAUGAUGGGUGCAAAAGGAUUAAAAGAGGCAACACAAGUAGCCAUAUUAAAUGCUAAUUAUAUGGCUAAACGUUUAGAAGAAGGGUAUAAAAUUGUAUACAAAGAUGAACAAGGUUUAAAUGCUCAUGAAUUUAUAAUUGAUUGUAGUCCAUUUAAAAAAACUGCAGGAGUAGAAGUAAUUGAUAUAGCUAAACGUUUAAUGGAUUAUGGAUUUCAUUCUCCAACAAUGGCUUGGCCUGUUCAUGAUUGUCUUAUGAUAGAACCAACAGAAUCUGAAAAUAAAGAAGAAAUGGAUAAAUUAGUUGAUUCAUUGUUAGCAAUAAGACAAGAAAUACAAAAAAUUGAAGAUGGUACUUGGGAUAGAACAAAUAAUCCAUUAAAAAAUUCUCCUCAUACAAUGACUACUGUUACUUCAUCAAAUUGGAAUAAAAAAUAUUCAAGAGAAUUAGCAGCUUUUCCAAAAGAAUGGUGUUAUCAUAAAUCUUGGCCAACUGUUGGAAGAAUAGAUGAUCAGUAUGGUGAUAAAAAUUUGGUUUGUAGUUGCCCACCAAUGGAUUCUUAUACAUAA